AUGGAGCCCGGCGGGGACCACCGGAGCCGGAGCGGCGGCGGCGGCAGGGGCGGCCCCGGGCCAGCAGCGGCCUCGGCACGGAGCCGACGGCUGCCCCUGGCGGCAUCCAGCGGCGGCGCGGAGCCCGAGGAGGACGACGGCGGACAAGAUCUUCAGCUGGAAGGGGGUGCCUUGGGGUCCUGGGGGAGUAACCCCCUCCCCUCUCCCAGGGCCAGGGGACCAGCAUCUUCAGGCAGGAAAUACUCAGACCAUUGUGAGGCCCGGGCCUCCAGGCCUGGAAAGAGCCGCAUUCCUGGCCGUGAUCACCGGCGCUACUACCACGACCACUGGCGGCUGGAGUACCUGAUGGAUUUCAACCCCGCCCGGCACGGCAUGGUGUGCAUGGUGUGCGGCAGCUCCCUGGCCACCCUCAAGCUCAGCACUAUCAAGCGGCACAUUCGCCAGAAGCACCCCUAUUCCCUGCACUGGAGUCCCCGGGAGAAGGAAGUCAUCAGCAACAGCUGGGACGCCCACCUGGGGCUGGGGGCCUGUGGCGAGGCUGAGGGCCUAGGGGCCCAGGGGGCUGAGGAGGAGGAAGAGGAAGAGGAGGAGGAGGAGGAGGCAGGCAGCCUCCAAGCGUGUCCGCCCAAGGCCCCAGGCAAAGCCUCAGCUGGUGGGGGCUGCCGGCGCCAGCAUCGAGGGGUGCGAGGGGUCCCAGUGGCACCUUGGCGCCGGCGCCUCUCAGCCUCCCGAAGGGCUGGGGGCAGCAGGGGGCUGGGGGCCCGGCGCCUGGAGCGGAGGCUGAAGGAGUCCCUGCAGAACUGGUUCCGCGCUGAGUGUCUCAUGGAUUAUGACCCGCGGGGGAACCGGCUGGUGUGCAUGGCCUGUGGCCAGGCACUGCCCAGCCUGCACCUGGACGACAUCCGUGCCCACGUGCUGGAGGUGCACCCCAGCUCCCUGGGGCUCAGCGGCCCCCAGCGCAGUGCCUUGCUGCAGGCCUGGGGUGACCAGCCUGAGGCGCUGUCCGAGCUCACCCAGGCCCCACCAGACGAUGACCUCAUCCCCCAGGACCUGACCAGAAAGAGCCGGGACUCCGCCCCCAAUGCUGGCGCCCCCUCCUCUCAGGACCUCAGCCCCCCAGACGUAAAGGAAGAGGCUGGCUGGGUCCCUGAGGGGCCCGGGUCCGCAGAGGAGGAGGAGGGCGAGGGCGAGAGGGCAGGGGUCCCGGGCCGGUCGUCUGGGGGCCGCCCGCGCCGCCACUACCAGGAGCGCUGGCGGCUGGAGUACCUCGUGGAGCUGGACGGCUGCCGGCGCGGCCUGGUGUGCAUGGUGUGCGGGGGCGCGCUGGCCUCGCUCAAGAUGAGCACCAUCCAGCGGCACAUCCGCCAGCACCACCCGGGCUCCACGCGCCUCAGCGGGCCUGUGAAGGCCCUCAUCGCCCGGGAGUGGAGCCAGAAGGCCGCCCGCCUGCUGGCCCUGGGGCUGCCGGGCCCCGAGUCCCCCAGGGGCCCAGCCGCCGCCGCCGCCGCCGCCUCGGAGCAGGGGGGAGGGGCAGAGGAGGCGGAGCCAGAGGAGGAGUGGUGGGGCGACGUCCCUCCGUCCCCGGGGACCCCGUUGGAGCGGCCGGCUGAGGAAGAGGAGGAUGAAGAGGACGGCCAGGAGCCGGGGGGCUUAGCUUUCCCACCGCUGCCCGCGCCUCCGCCGCCGCCGCCGCCGCUGCCUCCGCCGCCGCCGCCUCCGCCUCCGCCGCCGCCGCCGCCCCGCAGCCGGGAGCAACGGCGGAACUACCAGCCGCGCUGGCGGGGCGAGUACCUGAUGGACUACGACGGCAGCCGGCGCGGCCUGGUGUGCAUGGUGUGCGGGGGCGCGCUGGCCACGCUCAAGGUGAGCACCAUCAAGCGGCACAUCCUGCAGGUGCACCCCUUCUCCAUGGACUUCACCCCCGAGGAGCGCCAGACCAUCCUGGAGGCCUACGAGGAGGCGGCGCUGCGCUGUUACGGCCACGAGGGCUUCGGGCCACCGGCCCCGGCGCCGCGUGACGGCGGCGCUGAGCUCAAGCCGGGCGCCGUGUGUCGGGCAUAGCGGACUCGCGGGCCUCCCCGCCCUGUGCUCGGCCCGCCUGGGGAUCGCGGGGCGGUGGGGUGGUGGAGCCCCGGGUCCCACAAUCCUGGGCCGGCGGCGCUGCCUUGCCCGCUCCCCCGCAGGCGGGGCCGGGCGCGGGCUCGGGGCUGGGUGGGGCCCGGUGCCAUUUCCACGUGCGCGCCAGUGGGUGCAUCGUGCGCGGCGCCCCGCUCGCCCCGCGCGGGGCCCCCACGUCUCCCGACGA